CCACUGCUCUGCAGAGCCAGAGCAAACGGCAUGCUGAGCCAGCAGCAAUGCUGACCUCGCACUGGGAAAUCCCAGCCCUUUCCUUCUUCCUUCCUCCCUCGGAAUAUAUAUGGUACAUGGAGUAGACGAAGCACAGGGAGAAGCGUCACCCAAGUGUCACACCAGAGCAGUGACAGUGGGCAGAACGGCUUGCAGGUAGGAACGCUGGCAGCAUAGCGAGCGGUGCUGCGCGUGCUGCUGUGCCACCAGGAGCGCAGGCCGUAGGAGAGAAGCCUCAGACAGCAGUGCCAGUGCUAAGUGGGAGACAGGCUCCUUAAAGCACUACUGCUGCUUCUCCUCCAGCUGUGGCGGCACGGAGUUGUCACUUUUCUUUACUGCUCUAAAGCCAAACUGGUUGAAAAAUACCUGCAGGCUGACCCUGCUUUGCCUGCGUCCAGGCACGUUCAGGUCUCCCAUUAUCUGCUGUGUGCUUCCUAGAUGCAACUCUGCACUUUUUAACUACUCUUUCAGCUCAGCGUUUUCCCUUGUCACAUCUUAUGCCUCCCACCACAAGAUAGCAGUAUUUGGUAACCAAACCCAGUCGUACAGCAGACUAAGCACUGGCUGUAUGUCUUGUUGGAAUGCAUUCAUGUUUUUGUUGUAUGAACCAGAGUGAGGAGUGCAGCUACUGGAGAGCUGAGUAAAUAGACUUUUUUGUUCCUAACUUUUCUUUACCUGAGCUGUUCUUUUCAUCUAAAAGCUACUGUCAGACUGACAAGUGAAGAGGAAGAAAUCAAAAGAAAGCAAGAUAGCAAAGUUGCUGAUAAUAUUAAAUUGUUAAAGGCUACAGAGAGAAAAGCCAGUUGAAAGACUGCAGGUUGGAGAAAUGAUAGAACAUUCAGCGUAAGUGUGGAUGGUGCUGCGCAGGAGAAUGACUCCAACUUUGCAGGUGGGGUAUUGAGCUCUGAGCUGUGUACAACAGCAGGAGAAAUGGAUCUGUGAGCUGUGACAAGGAUGUGUCAUGGCAACAAUUAUCCAUUACAAACCUGUAUAGUCAUACUUAAUCAUGAUAUUUACUCAUUUGCAGUUAUUCUUCGUAAGGAAGAUGUCUAUUUUAUCAAUGUACCUGCAGUUCAAACUGUGACUUCUUGUAGCUUUGAUUGCUUUUAGAUUAUGAGUGUAGGACUUGUUCAGCCUUCCUGUCUUCGAAGGACUCCUUUCCUUCAAAGCUGUAUUAAUUCUGCUGGAUUCCAGGACGACUCUUCAGAAAGUGUAAUUUCAGUGAGUGCAUUCUUGUUUUUAACGCAAGGUCUGGACGCACGAGGGCUGAACAUCACUGGUAAGGAGAUCUUAAGAAACAAAUGCAUGGCACAGCCUGAAACUGACAAGCUGUCUGCCCCGAGUAGGAAUUGUGGGGUUUGUGUUACCCCAGUUAUUUGGCAGCUGUUGGGAGCGGCGCUGCUGAAUGGAGUCCCUUGUCUGCUCAGCAGAGCCAAUUACAAGUGUCUGGGUUUAGCCAAGGGGAAGUGGAACAGCAGCCAGUCUCUAAGUUUAGUUUGAUGGACGCGCUUCUCUGACUUCACCCGCGCUUAUUCACGUUGCCCCCCACAGCGGGGGGUUGGGGCUGAGAAGGAGCAGGACAGCUCAGAGCCCUUGAGCCUGGGCUGAGCUCCACGUGAAGGGCUCUCCCUGGUGCCGCAGUCAGGACAGCGUGCCAUUUUGAGCACUCCUUCCCGCUCAGGACAGGCUUCUCUAGGAGAAAAGGAAGCGCUGGCUUAUUUUCUGAGGCGUACGCAUUUCGUGGAAGCGAGAUCUUAAGUAUCGAGUUAAACAUAGAGUAAAUAUUUUAAAAAGGGAAACUCGUCUUUGUUCGAGGGAAGAAAAUGGCUGUGGGCAGUUGGUUGAGCAGCAUCUCAGUCCGUGGCUGACAAUUGAGGCUGACAGCUCUGAGAUUUAUUUUUAGCUCGAGAACUUUGUCUAAACCAGAAGCACUGCGUAGCUUUGGCAGUUGCUGCAUAUUCACUGUGGGUGGAUGGAACUGGGCAGUCACAUCUGUGCUAACGAGCAUUCCGGGAUUGGAUUAAAGAAUUAAACUCAUGUACUGGAAACUGAAGCUCUAUCAGCUCACCUGGGGAGCUCCACCCUCCGAACACCUUCCAGAAGGUAAGCAGUGCCAGCUACCCAAGGUAUUGCCAAAAUAGCCUCUUGGGCUCAGGUCCUGACGUGGCUCACAUUGAUGUCGUGAGAUUGAUGCUUCUUUGACUCCUGAGAUCGCAGGUCAGUAAGUUAGGCUUACUCCUUCCAAGUUUUCCCUGUAACUGGAAAGGCUAAAAAUAAACCUCAACAAGCUGGCUGAGAAGCAGAUGAAUGCAGUUGUUGUUCCAGGUGCUGAGUCUGAGGAGGGAUGCUAACACUGUAGUGCUUCUUAUUGGAAGUCAUUAUGUCACUUGGAAAGUAGCUUGGACAUUUAUGUCGUGUGAACUCCAAGGGCCGAUCGGUUGCUGCUUUACAUCUGCAAAAUGAACCUCUCAGAGCUAGGCUAGGUCAGUGCAGGCAUUUCUGGUUUGCUUAGGGUUUUUCAAGUAGAUUUCUGUAGAACUGUAACUUCAAAUUCUUGUCUUAACACCGAGUGAGUAAAUAGCAAUCCAUUUGAUUUGCAUGGAAGUAGAUAAUAUCUCAGCUUUGAUCUGGCCAGAAUUAACGACUCCUCAGAAAUUCCAUGGAGGUGUAAUUCACAUUAAGCUAUUUCUGCCCCAAAGUACUAAACCCAGAUGACUUGCUGUAAGCUGUCAUAACGUUGGGCCAGCCCACCUUUCCUGUAGGGCUGGGUGACCUAAUCCUUACUCUUUAUAGUGGAGUUUACUGGAACUCGCCAUGACUGAGGAAGAAUGUUAAGCACUCUUUUGAUCUACACGAGUGGUUUCCCAGUUAUCUUUGCUGGUGUCCCUCCAUAGCACUCCUUUCCCAAAACUGCUCUUGCGGGAGUGAGUUGUAGUCUACUGUAGGCAGGAUUCAGAGGACCAAAAAUUGGACCAUCAUCACCUCUGUACUCAAUGGAAGGAGGUAUGUAAUAUAGAGCACCUAAGGCUGGUGGUCUCUCUGCUUCUUUGUGGAUACUGGCAUUGCAAAGCUAGGUAGCUUCAUAGGGGCUGAACCAGUCCUUAGUAAUUAAGCUAACAGAUGUUUUGAUAAGACAUUCAGGAUUUUGUAAAGAGGUUACAGGUGUAGUUUUUCAUUCAAAAAUCUGUUGUUCUAUAUCACUUUUAAUUGCAUUACAACUUCUUUCUCCCAUAGGAGAAAGUUUUUCUUGUUCUAUCAUGUGUUAGAUUUUGCUUCCUCACAUGGAGGUGUGCUCAAAGAUUAGUGCAUAGUGUUGUCCUUGACCACCCUCAAUGCCCAUGAUGAGAAACACCUGUUGUGCUUUUUUUAAUCAUUGUUAGGUCCAGCUCACUUGUGUUCAAAUUAGUUCCUCACCUCAAACGCUUUCAAGUGCACAUAAAAAUCUGCAUCAUUUGUUAGCUGUGUAUGUCCCAGAGUCAUUUUCCUGACAGAGUUCCAUGAGGAUAGGAAAUCUCAGAGGUAAUAAGUAGCAUCCAUCAAGUGUUUCUGCUGAAGGUGGCUGAUACUUAAUCUGCUUUGAAACUCUUACAACAUUGCUGCUACCAGAUGCUUCACAGGAGGUUCAGUCCCUUACAUCUGCACAGCAGAUGAGCUAUGAAGAAAUCUGUGCAUCUUGCAUUCAGCAAGGAAUGGUCAGAGAUUCUUAGAUUAACACUUCGGUGCUUAAGCUUGACUUCAUUCCAAAUUCUGUAUCAGAGUGAUGUUUCUUUACCAGGAAGAAGCUGCAAGUAGGGAAGUUCUGCAGCAGGUGAUACUGAGAGCAGUGGUGUGCUGUAAGUCACUGACAGCAAGGAAAUGUGCUGAUGGACACCGCUGAGAUAGAUCUGUCAGUCUCUCCUUCCACCAGUAAAAAUACAGCAAUACCAGGUAUUGCCUUCCCUUAACUUUCCACCUCAAACCAGCUCAAAAACAUGUCUUAUGUGCCACUCCCCACCGCUUUCACCACAAACUGAAUGCAGAACAUCUCAUGCAGCUCUUUACCACAUUUAAAAUAAAUCUGUUCUUAAAAGGUGAGCUGUGUGGAGAGCGUUUGGGCUCCCCAUGUGUUUCACUCCCCAGUACCAGACAUCAGUUGUUAACCUUUUCCUGUGUCAGAUGCAUUCUGAUACCUGAGGGAAGAAGGCAUACCAGCUUGGCUUGCAACAUGUUUUUGUGAUGAGGAGUCCUCAUGAUGCAAUGUUGUCACUGACUCUGAUGCCUCCUCCCACAUUCUGUCUCUCCCAGCCUGAGACCAUAAAUAGAAACCUAUUUCUUGCCCAUCCCUGUGCCUGGCUUGGAGCUGUAUUUCUUGGCAUUAUGCAGUGAGUUGUUUAUGGCACUUAAACCUCACAGAGCUGUGGGAGGCCCAGAGACUAAUUAUGGAUCUGUGCUCAGCUCAAACAAACCACAUUAUUAAGAGCCUGCUUGCUUGCAGGAGAGGAACACCUAGGAACAGCAGUUGGUUGGGUCACCCGUAUCUUACCAGAGCCAUAUGUGAGCUGUCCCAAUCCUUUUAAGCUGAUGUUUUUCCAUGGCUGCACACGUCAGCAGGAAGACUAGGUGGUCCAUCAAGGUAAGGCCUCAAGUCUGUUGCUGGGGUAGAGAGUUCAUAGGCCUGCUUUUGUGCUGCUGAGUUAUUAGACAGCAGCUACUUGGCCUGGCCAGCGUUGGUUUGCUUGUAAGGAUGGAUGGAGUACUUUUGGUUAGUAGGAAGUGCUCAGAUUGGGUUUCAGAAACAAGGCUACUGUAGGGUUUGAUACUGCUCCAAACGUGUCAGCAAAAUAGGAAACCUUGCUGCUGUGUUAUCAGUUUUGUGUCCUCAUCUUCGUUAAUGCGGAAGGCCUCCCACUAACAAGCUGGUUGAAGCUCCUGAAGCCUGGCACAUGAAGUGAUGUUUGUUUAGAGGAAAAUGGCAGUUAUACCAGAACCACUCAGUACUCGACAGCCCAGUUCCUGUGGUCCAGGCUGACUAAUGCCUACUCCUCGUUACUCUGUUAGUCUUGGCAGCAAGGGUAUGAAAUGAGACCGGGUAAAAUAGCAGCGUGGAUUGAUACUUGGUUUGAAAACCCCAAGUGGAAAUAAAGCGAAAGAUGUGGAUGCAUGGGGAUCUUGGUGGCCUUGUGUUCAUGUGUCCUCUUGUAAAACAAAGAAGGGAAACCCAGAACACCCACACUGUGCUUCUUGGUAUUAAAUGCUAUGUCAGUGACACUGUCCUGUAGCUCUUGGCCUCUCUUCCUUCCUACAAAGUCAUGUUGGCCUGCUGCCAGCAGCACCAAACCCCUCAGAGCUGCAUUGCUAUUCGCACUUUUGUUUGACUGGGAGACACUGACAGCUCGUAUGUUCCAGAUGUAGCAAGUUUUAGAAGCUGCUCAUACUACUUAUUUCAAAGUCGUGCAGUCAGCAAGAUUGCCUUACAUUAAAAGCAAUACCUCAGAAGGGAGGAUUUAAGUGGUAGAGGAAGGUUAGCCGUGCUCAGGAAACUGCUUUGAAGGGCACAGCAGGGAAUAGCCCAAGGAGCUGGGAAAAGCUGCUCUGCCUGAAAGGUUGCUGCUUCGGUCAAACAAGUGGAGCGUACCAGAAUUCAUGUCUCACGUUGUGCACUGAGUGUGAGGGGAAUAGGAACAGGAUGUUUGCUGUGGAUGUGGAUGUCAAAGUGAUGGUCUGCACAGUAGAAUAACUAUCCAGCAACAUCAGUCUGGAAGAAAUGAUGCUUAUCCUGAAGUUAAAAAGAAAUCUGGUUUCCUUCUGCCUGGGUGCACGUGCCAGGCCUUUACAAACCUGCCCUCUGUGCAGGGACAUUGGUGCCCUGCCCACACCAGUGCUGGCUGCUGGCCGACUGCCCCGAGCUCACCUACAGCUGGCCGUCACAGCUCAGAGAGGCUACAGACAGCACACUCAGUGCCUGUGCUGCCUUGCUGCAUUUGUAACCCCGAUUCAUUAUCUCCUAAUCCUUCCUUGUUCCAGAGAUACCACUUACACAUCUGUCGCAUUGUAACAAGCAGGCUAAUAACCAUUUUGCUUGUUAAACUUCUGCAGCUGAUAUUAAUUGAGCAACGAAUUAAUAUGUAGCUCUUUAUUUCCUAACACCAUUUCAGACCCACCUGAAAAGCUUAUUUGCUGCAAUUAUUUGCUCUGCCUUUCCCUCACAUUAUUAUUCUUUGUGUAUUAAUAAACACGCUGUUUCAAAUACCAGCGUAAUUGAGGGCAUUCAGAGCACACAAGAGAGGGAAGACAAACUGCAAGAGGAAGAACAAACAGGAAAAAGCUAGCCUGGGGGUUCAGAGGUAAAAGCAUCUCAACCUCCAGCUGGCAGCAUGCAGCAGGAUUCACAGAGGUUUGUUUUGGAGAAGGAAAGGAUACCUCUCAGUUGUCACAGGAACUUUUGGAAGCCAACUGUAUGUAGGUGUUGUAAUAUAUUCUGUCUGGUUGCAAUUUCCACUUGCAUUAGUGAGGUGGAGAGGGAAAAAGCUCAUGAUACAGUUCACACAGGGAGAAGUAACUCUUUGCACAGCCUACAUCCAGCCUACACCUGUUCUGCGGUGACUUUUCACACCCACAGCCUUACAAAACAAACGCUUCUAACAAGCCCAACUGCUCAUUUCUUACCUUCAGUCUGAGCUGCGCCCUCAUCACACGAAGCUGCCGCCUUCUUCACAGAGCUCACGGCCGUAGAAAUGCUGCUCUUGGCUGGUGAGCUGCAGCACCUUCUGCCUUCUACAAAAGGCCAAAGCACUUGCUGCCCUUCCCCUGCUGCCUUUUAUACCCCUCUGCAGGCCCACCAGCCUCCCAGCUGUGGGACUGCCACCGUGAUUGCUUGUUUUUUAACCCUUCCUCCUCUGCAUUAGAAGAAAUCUGUUCUGCUACCAGCCCUAGAGACUGCUAGAGAACUGGGGCUGCUGAGGACUCCCGCAAACAGGUCUCACGUUUGUGACAGGUGAUUUGACGGUGCCCUUUCAGAGAGCAGCCCUGAACCUUACUAGGUGAGCAGCUACGCAGCUCAGACCGGGCAUGCUGUGCUGCCUCUGCUUUCUGUUUCUCUCGGAAACGCUCAGCAGCAUUUUCUCUUUAAGUGCUCAUUCCUCUCUUAGGUUUAAUAUUUUGACUCGCAUCACUUCUGCUCAGUUCAUGUGAAUGGUACUUGUGCACUGGCAUGGACGUGGAGUGGAAAAAUGAAUCAAUGUGGGCAGUCCCCUUCACAAAGGAUCUGUUUGGCAGUUUGCACAAAGGAAUUUCUCCAAGGAAAUGGUUUGUUUUCUUCCCAACACUUUGCUGCCCAACUCCUAGUGACACAGAGCUCUGCAGCUCACGUCAAAAUUGCUUCAUCUCACAGUCCAGCCUCCGCAUGCCUGGUUUGUUCAGAGCUCCCUGGGAAGCUCCACCCUUCCUAACCAAAUAACCGCAGCUCCCUUGUUCCUCCUCCACCCGUAGGCUGCGCUUGCUUUUCCAUUGGCUGCCACUACUGUCUGCACGUGGUGGCAGCCCAGCACUUCUCGUGGCAGUUAGUUGGCCUUUUGCUUGCUGUGCGGCAGGCAUGAUUGUGGGCACGGUGCUGUUCCAGCCCAGCUAUGGCAAAGAGAACAAGCUGCUCUGCUGCCUUGGCAACGAUGCCUCUGAGCCUGCGGGGUCGAGCUUCACAGAGGCCCUGCACCGCCCCUAUGGUUGCGACGUUGAACCCCAGGCACUGAACGAAGCCAUUAGGUGGAGCUCCAAGGAGAACCUGCUGGGAGCCACUGAGAGCGAUCCCAACCUCUUUGUUGCACUUUACGACUUUGUAGCAAGCGGUGACAACACACUCAGCAUCACCAAAGGUGAGAAGUUGCGAGUCCUGGGUUACAACCAGAAUGGUGAAUGGAGUGAGGUACGUUCGAAGAAUGGGCAGGGCUGGGUACCAAGCAACUACAUCACACCAGUGAACAGCCUGGAGAAGCACUCGUGGUAUCACGGGCCGGUGUCACGCAGCGCAGCAGAGUAUCUGUUGAGCAGCCUCAUCAACGGCAGCUUCCUGGUUCGUGAGAGCGAGAGCAGCCCAGGGCAGCUGUCCAUCUCGCUCAGGUACGAGGGCCGUGUUUACCACUACAGGAUCAACACCACCUCCGAUGGAAAGGUGUACGUGACAGCAGAAAGCCGUUUCAGCACGCUAGCAGAACUAGUGCACCAUCACUCCACGGUAGCAGAUGGACUGGUGACGACUCUGCAUUACCCAGCACCCAAGUGCAAUAAGCCCACUGUGUAUGGAGUGUCCCCCAUCCAUGACAAGUGGGAGAUGGAGCGGACUGACAUCACCAUGAAGCACAAACUCGGGGGAGGGCAGUACGGCGAGGUGUAUGUUGGUGUCUGGAAGAAAUACAACCUCACCGUGGCUGUGAAAACAUUAAAGGAAGAUACCAUGGAGGUGGAAGAGUUCUUGAAAGAAGCUGCUGUGAUGAAGGAAAUCAAGCACCCAAAUCUAGUGCAGUUAUUAGGUGUGUGUACCCUGGAGCCCCCCUUUUACAUCGUGACAGAGUACAUGCCAUAUGGGAACCUGCUUGACUAUUUACGGGAGUGCAACCGGGAGGAAGUGAGUGCUGUUGUGCUGCUCUACAUGGCCACUCAGAUAUCCUCUGCCAUGGAGUACCUGGAGAAGAAGAACUUCAUUCACAGGGACCUGGCAGCACGGAACUGCUUAGUUGGAGAAAACCACGUGGUGAAGGUGGCUGACUUUGGCUUAAGCAGGCUGAUGACUGGAGAUACCUACACAGCUCACGCUGGAGCCAAGUUCCCAAUCAAGUGGACCGCUCCUGAGAGCCUGGCCUAUAACACCUUUUCCAUCAAAUCAGAUGUGUGGGCCUUUGGGGUGCUGUUAUGGGAAAUUGCUACCUAUGGGAUGUCACCGUACCCAGGCAUUGAUCUCUCUCAGGUGUAUGAUCUGCUGGAAAAGGGCUACCGGAUGGAACAACCGGAGGGAUGCCCUCCAAAGGUUUAUGAACUGAUGAGGGCCUGUUGGAAGUGGAACCCACCAGACCGACCUUCCUUUGCUGAGACCCACCAGGCUUUUGAAACCAUGUUCCACGACUCGAGCAUCUCGGAGGAGGUAGCAGAGGAGCUUGGAAGAACAGCCUCCUCCUCAUCCAUUGUUCCUUACCUGCCCCGGUUGCCCAUGCUUCCCUCCAAGACAAGAACACUGAAGAAACAGGCAGAGAACAAGGAGAACAUUGAAGGAACACAGGAUACCCUGGAGCAUUCGGCAUCCAGCUCCGCACCAGGUUUAAUCAGAAGCACACAGCCAACAAGUGGGUCUCCCGCACUGCCUCACAAGCAGAGGGACAAGUCACCCAGCAGCCUGCUGGAGGAUGCCAAAGAGACCACUUUCACCAGGGACAGAAAAGGCGGCUUCUUCAGCUCCUUCAUGAAGAAGAGGAAUGCUCCCACACCUCCCAAGCGCAGUAGCUCCUUCCGGGAGAUGGAGAAUCAGCCCCACAAGAAAUACGAGUUAACGGGUAACUUCUCAUCUGUUGCUUCCUUGCAGCACGUGGAUGGGUUCUCUUUUGCUCCCACACAGCAGGACGCAAACCUGGCACCACCCAAGUGCUACGGUGGGGGCUUUGUGCAGAGGACCUUCUACAAUGACGAUGGCACUGGUACCAGCGGCGGUGGGGGUGUGAGCACUGGUGGGGGGUGGUCUGGCAUCACAGGUUUCUUUACACCGCGCCUGAUUAAAAAGACGCUGGGUCUACGACCAGGAAAGCCCGCCGGCAAUGAAGAAGCAUCGAAGCCUUUUCCGAGGUCGAACUCUACAUCUUCCAUGUCCUCAGGGCUUCCAGAGCAGGAUAGAAUGGCAAUGACCCUUCCCAGGAAUUCCCAGAGGUCAAAAAUCCAGCUGGAACGGACAGUGUCCACCUCCUCUCAGCCUGAUGAGAACACAGGGAGGGCAAAUGACCUGCUGCCCAAAAGGUUUGAAGAAGGUUCUGCUUUGACCAGAGAAAGACCAAAAGCAAAACUCUUGCCAAGGGGUGCCACAGCUCUCCCUUUCCGAACCCCAUCCAGUUCAGAGGAAAAGGAGAUGCCAGGGCUAGCAGCAACUCCUAAAAGCAAAGAAAAGAACAGCGGCCCUCGGCAAGGGGCCCUCGAGGAUGGCGAGAGACCAGCGUGGUCCUCUCCAGUAAAGGCUGCAGCAAUACUUCCAACCACUCACAACCACAAAGUGCCAGUCCUAAUCUCACCCACUCUAAAACACACUCCAGCAGAUGUGCAGCUCAUUGGCACAGACUCUCAGGGUAAUAAAUUUAAGCUCUUAUCUGAGCAUCAGGUCACUUCUUCCGGCGACAGGGACCGGCCCAGACGGGUAAAACCAAAGUGUGCUCCACCUCCACCACCAGUGAUGAGGCUCCUGCAGCAGCCAGCCGCCUGCUCGGAUGCAGCAGAAGAGCUCAGCAACGCGGCGGGAGCGCAGCACGGGCUGGAGUCAGGCGAAGGGAGUAAGAAGGCAGCAGCAGCACCUGUCGGUGGGAAAUCCGGGAGGCCCAUGGUGCCUCCACCUCAAGUGCCUCUGUCGUCGUCUUCCACCUCCCCAGUGAAAAUGGCCAAUGGCACAGCUGGCGCAAAGAUAGCGUUAAGAAAGACCAAACAGGCAACUGAGAAAAUCCCAGCAGAUAAAAUCAGCAAGGAAGCAUUGCUGGAGUGCGCCGAUCUUCUCUCGAGUGCCAUCGCUGAGCCAACACCAAACAGCCAGCUGGUGGACACAGGGCAUCAGCUGUUGGAUUACUGCUCAGGCUACGUGGACUGCAUUCCGCAUACACGCAACAAAUUUGCCUUCCGGGAAGCCGUGAGCAAACUGGAACUCAGCCUGCAGGAACUGCAGGUGUCCUCAACAGCUGCUAGCAUCCCUGGGGCAAACCCCGUCCUUAAUAACUUAUUGUCGUGCGUCCAAGAAAUCAGCGAUGUGGUGCAAAGGUAGCUACUGUCAAUCUGGGUAAGAGAAAUACACGUGGGGUGGGGGGGACUCUUUUCUGUACUGAUGCUUUCAAAAGGAAAGACUGAUACUUGAGUAUGUGAAGUACCUCAGAUCACUGAGUUCUCACGUUUACAAGUUCAUCUCAGAAAAUGGGGAUGGAGAGGGUAGAUUCAAGCUGUAAGGGGCAGAACAUCAAGUAUUUGUCCCUACCUUGCCGGUCUGAUCUGCUCGGUUUGGCAAGGCAAGGAAGAUCCUUGCUCCUCCCUUUGACAGGCAGGAGAAUCGAUGGCAGGUUCUCGCUCUGGGAAGGACGGUCUGGCAGCCAGAGUACUGGAGUGGCUGCCGGCCCCUUGGCUGUACAGACGCACCCCAUCAGCACUAACACACGCUUUUGGGCUCCUGACAAGGCGAGGAAGGGCCCCGGGGCUCUGCUGGUACCAGCUGCUGAGCAGUCCUGGCUGGGCAGCUCUGAAGGAGCAGGCUGUGUGCAGCUGGGGGCAGGUCUAAUGCACUGACAGUAUUCAGAGCUGCUGGAGGUGGAUGCACUAGCCUCAGUGGCUUACUUCCACAGUGCUGUUGCUGCUGUAAUGAGAACUGCAAAGUUAGUUAAUAUAUGAAAUUAUCCCUUUUCCCUCCUGUCCACCUCAUCUUCCACAUGUUCUCGUCUUCAUUGUAGCUGAGGCAUCAGGAAUGCUGGGCAGACUUACCACUGGAAUUACCCCCUUCCCACCAUACUGCCUUCACACAGUUGAUUCCUAUUUCUAGUGGUCUAGCAUGAGUGCUGCUUGAUGGUCAUUGGUUGUUGUGAGUAGUUUGGGGCUCUUACACAACUUGCCAGUGUUAAUGGGAUGGGGUGGGGUGUUUUUUGUUUUUUUUUUAAAGCUCUAGGCUGUUUCUAACUCCUGUUACCAGGUUGACUCCCCAGUUCAGUUUCAGCACCUUGAGGUCCAGGGGAGGCAAGGCAGAACCUCUGCCACCAGCAGCCCCUGGCUGCAAUCAGCAGGCAGUGCUGGAAGCCAGGAGAACAGCCUGGCCUGCCUGCAGGUCUCCCCGCACCGCUCCCUCCUCCGGACACAGCACAACCACAUCACAGCGCUUUCUGGGAUUCGUUGCUUACCAAUCUUGCAGGCUUCCACUAUCUGGGAGCGUGGAGGUGACUAGGUAUGUCAACACAUGAGUCACAGCCACCUUUUUUUAGUUUACGUAUUUUGACAACUGGACCAGAAUCUUCUGCUGUGUAAACUGCAUUCUGCCCGAAACGUGACAGAAGCGUUAGGGCUUCUUGGAGAGCUCCCACUAUGGUAUGGUCUCUGCUGGUCUACUGACAAUCCCAGAAGGCAGGCAGUCAUGUGGCUGGUCUCCUUCCGUCCUGGUGCUGUUGGUUGACUGUUGCGGCCUCAGCAAGCUGGUGUUCUGUGCAUGUGCACAGCUCCCUGAGAGUUAAAGGACUGGCAAGUACAGAGACCUCAACUACUUGUUGGUUAGAGAGAAGAAGCAAACAGGCCUGAUACCUGCAUCCAAAUACCCGUUACCCUGCAUGCUGCUGCUCACUUCACACUGUUUGUGAUGACAGAGGAUCUGGCUUGCUUUGCACCUUAAAUCUUUUUUUUUUUUUUUUUUCUAAAAUGCUUUUUUAACUUGUUUUUAAAGCGUGACUGUGCUGCUUUUAGGUUGAGCAUUUAGAGUUGAGCUGGAGCACAGGUGUGAAUUCAGAUGGUUGGCACUCAGGCAUUCCUUGUCUGCCUCCAAGCAUUGCGCUGUUGGUGCUCAGAAGCAGGCUGGACCUCUUGGCUCAUGCCACUGUUGUUUCCAUGGAGCACGGUGAGGUGUGGCCUGAACCAUUCUUAGUAAUGUGCCCGUGUCUGAGAAUCCUCAUAUUAUUGACUAGUCUGUGGUAGAUAAAGUUGUGUGUCACGCUGCAUGAAUGUGCACCAGUGGAGCAGUAUGCGAGGAGAAAUGGACCACGUGUGCUUCACUGUCAAAGUGGGUGAGAUAAUGAGAAAAACCAAACAAUCCUUCCACCCCAUUCAGUAGGUGUUAAGGUGAAUGAAUCGUUCCUACAAGUCGGCAAGCUGAUCCCUUUGUGGGUUAGUCAUCCUUACCUCGUGGCACCAAGCCCACCUGGAAGAGCCUGCUGUCUCAUUCUGCGAGAUUUCCAGCUGAUGUCCUGGAUCUACUCUGGGUCUUGCACUUCAGCUGCAGGCCCCUGGGGCAGUUAUUCAGCAGGGAGGCAGAGCACCUAACAGUUAUCUUGUAGACUUUACCGAGGGCUUUUGUGGUUUACCUUAUCUGCUUCAGUCAUCUUUAUUGAACGUGUGCAUCACUGCACACCAAAUUAGCUGCCUUUGGAAAGCUGACCCGUAAAGGGAAAAAAUCUCAAGGCGUUGCUUCAUGUUGCCUUCUUAACAAUCAGGAGGAGUGCAAGGGUAUGAGAGCUUUCUUGGUGUCAGAAAGGCUGGUCCUGUUUGCCCUGCAGACAAUCGUGUGGUUUCAUCACUGUACUGCUUUUCAGCCCAGUAAAAGCCGACUGGAACUGAAGUGGUUAUUCUCAGGGGAAAGGUAUUUUAACCAGAACGUUUUAAAAGUGUUAUUCCAGUUCUGAUGAGUAUUUUAAAAGAAGCUUUUUAAAAUUUAUUUUUUCCUGAAUGUAGGUCUUCCAGAAAAGCUCCUGCAAAAGUGAUAGAAUAGCAAACAAUUCCUGGAAUUUUUAAUUAAUAGAACACACCCCUUUCCAAUCUUUCAUACCCUGCUUAAGAAACAAACUGUGCCCCUGCAAAGGGCUGGCUACCCUCCCCAUGUCUGCUUUCUUUGAGUGCCACCUGCUUUUCCUCCCCCCCAGAGGUAGCUGGCAGGGACACAGCUGUGGGCAGUUAGAAGAAGCAGAAUUCACCUGCUCUCCCAGGAUCACAAACGGUUGAGGCAGCUUCUCUCCCACCACUACUACAGGUCCUUUCCCUCUGCUAGAUUUGCCUUUCUGUUCAGCCUUAAAGGUCUCAACCGUAGCAGCUUCUCUGCUUUCAGCUUUGCACACAGUCUGUGUCAAGUACUGUACGGAUGGCAAAGCCCCGUUACUUCUUCCAGUGAAGAGCAUCUCUUGCUCCAGCCUUUGUGGAUAAGACAACCUCCUCUUGUGUUUCCUUUCUUCACUGCUGUGAGAAGGCCUCGUGUGGUAAAGAUGCAAAUGCAGCUGGGCUCUCCAACUUGCACUAUACUAUGGCCUAGAAUUGAAGGCAGUCAUCUUUGCAGCAGGGGUGGCAAACUGUAGGGACCUGGUGAUGGCAAGCUCAGAGCCCAGAGCGAGGCAGUGGGGGGAAUUUCUCUCCCUAGCUCCCAGGGGAGCAGCCGACCCGCAGGUGCAGCUUUCUGCACUGUAUGCCCUUCUUAACCCUGGGCACAGUGCACUUGGCUGGCUGGGUUGGCAGCACACUACUGGCUGGCUGUUCUUCUCACCAGUGCUGGCAGGACUGAAUUAAAAGCUUUGGUUUUAGGACUGCAUCAAACAGCUGGGAGAGCAGAGCUAAACAGAGCAGCACUCCUGAUGCAGAACACGGGGCCGUUCUCUCUGUUCCUUAUCCUCACAGAAGAGGCUUCUCCUGAGCACCACUGGCCCAGUGUCAGCAGGGAGCAGCUGGUAUAAGUGGCCUGUGGGCCCUGGGGUACUCUCAGGCCCGGAGCUUAGAACAAACCCUCAGCCUGCUCCCUGGUGGGAGGAAGUGACAGCUUCUGGGACGUAUCUGCAGUACCUGCAGAGUGAGAUAUACCCGUACCAAAGGAGGUCAUCUUCCCAGCAUGGCUGCUGUGCACGAGGGUGUAGAGCCUGCUCAGCAUGGCAUGCUGUGGGCAUCAGUACUGAACUCACAGAGGGCAGGAAUGGAUUAAAAUCAAACACAUUAAUCACCAAUCACUCUACAGUGUUGUCAACUGUUUUGUUUUUAAUUGUUAUUGUAAUAUAUUUUGGUUGUUUUUCUAAUUUAAUUCUCUCACUAUCGUCUGACUGUGAACUGCGAACAGUGUUAAACUUGAUGUAAAUAAGGCCCUCAGAAGGGCCUCUUUGCCUGUCGUUCCACAAAGUUUUGCCAAUUUGCAUUUUGUUUUAAAUAAAGGUUGCAAUAUUUUAUUGGCAAAAAAAAAA